AAAACUGAAUAUGUUUCAUUGUAUGCUAUAUAAACAUUGUAGCUGAACCUGUUCUGCAUUAUCAUCUACGAUACAAUGGCUAUCAAAUACGUGAUAUACAUAGUUUUGGCUAUUUGCAUUACAUUGGAAAUUUCCAGUUCGAGCGUUUCAAGAGACGUCGUGCUUUUGUUAGACUCAUCUGAUGAUUACAGAUCUAAAUACUUUGAACUUGAAAAGCAAUUUGCAAUAGAUGUUAUCGAAGGAAUCUACAACCAAGAUACCAGAAUUGGCGUUUAUACUUUUGGACGAAAAUCUCAUGCCCAAUUCAAUUUAGAUCUUUACAGUGACAUUGAUCAAAUGCGAUAUGCAAUAAAUCACAUGUGGUACAGUACCGGCAAUGGUAAUCUUGAAGAUGCCAUUGACUAUACAAUAGAUAAUGCAUUCAACGAGCUGUCAGGCAAUCGAGGAUGUGUUCCAAACGUACUUGUUAUUUUAACCCAUAAAGCUGUUACUGAUCCUGGGCGGUUAGCGAUAAUCGAUGAGAAGCUUAGACUUAACAUCAUUCGAGCAUUUGUACUGCAGUUUACAAGCAAUGCGAGUGCAGAUUUCAUACCAAUUACAGGCGAAUCCUCUCGUAUUAUCAAUGUUCAAGGUUUAGCUCAUCUUAACAAAGAAUCGUCGACGAUCAUUCAGAAAAUUGGUUCAGAUUUGCCUCGAUCAGGCUGUGGACAAUUGACCACUUGGACUGCUUGGUCAGAUUGCAGUUCAACCUGCAAUUUCGGUCAAAAAUUUCGAACCAGGGAAUGUGUAAAGGAUCACGAUAAUGAUACAGACUGUAUCGGACUUCUGUCUGACGAAAAUACAUGUACUGUAACCACAUGCUCAGUUGAUGGUGCGUGGAGCUACUGGGGAAGUUGGGCAGGUUGCUCUAAAUCAUGCGAUACGGGAGUUCAAACCCGAUUUAGGACAUGUACUAUGCCUGAACCAUACAGUGGCGGAAAGGUUUGCGAAGGUGUUUCGACAGAAUCCAGAAAUUGCAAUGAUUGGCCUUGUCCUGAUUGUUCUAAGACAUGUCCUUCGGGGGGACAAUUAUCAUCUGAUUGCCAACUUUGUUUGUGUGCUACUAUAACACUAUUUGGCCGUAUAACAGAUGAUAACAAUUCAACUGUAGAAGGCGCAAAUAUUUAUCUCGGGUCCAGGAGAAACGAACCGAUUGCUUCAACAGAUAGCUUUGGAAAAUAUCGUGUCGAUGGUGUUUGUAUCAUGAAUGAAGAUAUCAUAAUUCAAGGAAAACGUUAUGUUGAGCUAAGAGUCCUUCCAUUCGAAGUAAAUGUAACACAUUGGAGAAUGGACGCUAUCAUCGAAAAGAAAGUUACACCUGUUUUCAAUUUGCAACCAAAGAACAAGAUACGUAUGGUCGGUCAAAGUUUUAGCCUUUGCUGUUCUGCGAUUGGAUAUCCACCUCCAACUUCUUAUAUAUGGUACAAAAAUAGAGCGGAAUUGCUAAAUCAAGGAAAGAGUGGCUCGCUUAUUUUCCAGUCAGCAUCUAAAGAGGACUCGGCUGUAUACAAAUGUUCAACAGAAACGGAUGCGGGUGUCUCACAAUCGUCAGAAGCCAUCGUAGAAGUAAAAGCUUUUUCGGCUGACACUUGUGGUCCUCCUUCGUCAAAACUGCUACAACUACCAGCCGGAUGUUACGUAUCAGGUGACAAUAGUCAGAACGAUACCCUAGAUGUUGGUACGUGCGAAAAAUCCGCAUGCAUGCUGUCAUCUCUAAGGGAUAAUGGUACUUGUUCAGACUGGUGGUUUUAUCAUUGUUGCGAUGUAAAAGACAUUGAAAUGGUUUCGAUAACUUGCGACGGUUUCACAUACCAAACCUCCCGUGUAACGUCCUGUGAAUGUAACUUAUGCGUGCAUAAAACAACUGUUUACGGUCGCGUUACAGGAAGAGAAAAUAAGACAUUUAUUCCUCUACAGCUUGGAAACAUAUAUGUCGGUAAUGUAGAAAUCGGAAGAACAAAUAUGGCCGGAUUUUUUAAUUUCGAAGCUCCAAGCGAUCAAACAAGAUUAGUUGUGACAUUUCGUGAUACGGUUUUUAAAAAAUUCUUAGAUGUAACAAAGAUUAUCGAAAUUAUCGAAGGAAAAGAAAACCACGUUACAAUAGUAGCUCCAAUCAAACCGGAUCCGGUGCAAUUUAACUCUAACAUAGGAAUGGAAUUUCAAGUGGGUGCGUCUGAUGACGGCUCUCCAGCAUUAGGAAGCAUUGGAAUUCCAGAAAAUGCUCUCAUUGAUCUAAAUGGUGAACCGUUUACCGGAACUGCUAAUGCAGUUAUGUACUUUGUUGAUCCGCGUGAUAGGAAUAGUCUCGAUACUGCCAAUGGAGAAUUUGUUUCCGAAACCGAAGACGGAUCAUCUUCACCACUUAAUACGUACGGUCUUUUUAAUUUAGGUGUUUUUGAUGGCUCUGGAAAUGAGUUGAGAAUAAACAAGAAAUUAGGGAUUUCAUUUGACACAUCCGUACUAAAUGUUACCCUAGAUGAAAACGGUGAUCCUGAUCUUGCAAUAUGGGACUACGAUACAAACAAAGGUGUUUGGGUUGAAAAUGCAAAGUUUUACUUUGAACAGGUUGUGAAAAACGGUAGAAAACUUUUAUCUAAUUAUAUACAUGCAGACAUUGAUCUAGAUAAAAUAAAAACAAUUGAGAUAACGGAGGAAGUAGUUACUGGAGAGGAACGCGUACAGACGGGAUGGACUAAUUGGUACAGAAAUAUUGAUGAACGAAGGCCAAUAUUUGAUUAUGUUCCUAUAAAGGAUGAGCAGGUAAAACAAGGGGUCUGUUAUGUAAGUGUGUCAGUAUAUGAAGACCUGUCGUUGAAAGAGCCUUAUCCAGGCAGUGCAGAAAUAACAUUAUAUACAAGAGAACGUGACCUGUCAAAAUACCUCGGGAAAUCAAAUGCACGUGUCAUUAAUGGCCACGCCUGUAUAGUUACAUUCUGCGAUAAAUUAGUGUAUUUGAGUGUAAAAGACGGUCAAGAUGUUAAUUUAUAUCCAGGACAGCAUGUUUUGCCCUUUGGAUAUCGUGUAACUGAAAGAGAUCGUGAGAUAAACUUUGAGUCUAUCGACCGGGGCGUUUCAUACAGAUGUCCUGAUCCUUCAAUGGAUUGCAAAGGGCCAAUGUAUCAGUACAGGGAUCAUUCUGAUUGUAGAAAAGUAACUUCCAAAAGUAAAACACAUCAGUUUAAGUUUGCACCUUUUACGAGAUCUCCCAGCAUGUCAUACACGGUUGGUUCUGAUAAUAUUUAUGACAAAAUGUUGUCAUGGUACCCUGUAUCACCUGAAACAAUCACAUUUCGAGCAUGUUUCAUGAAGGUAUUGGUUAAGAUCAAGGGAGCAUAUGAUCUUCGUUUGUUAGCCAAAAGUUUGUUACAUACGUUUGAUGGACAGGAGUUCGGAACACAUGAUGUUGGUCCAAUCACUUCACCAAACGCUAGAAAUGAUGAAAUAAGAGCAGCAUGUUUUGAAUUUAGAUGCCCUGGAUUUAUUAGAAAUGGCAGUCAAGAGAUUUUUGAUUUGUCGACAGCGAUCGAAGUCCAUUUAACUACAAAGGAACAAAAGAAAUGUUCAUUUCGGGGUUUAAACAGUAACUUGCAAGGUUUCACUCCAAUAAGAAAUAGUAAAGGAGACAUGGGAUUUCGAUUCACUGCAGCGCCUGGAAACAACUUUGGUCCAUUUUAUGGGAUAUAUGUUUAUGACAAGUCCUCUGGUGAUGUUGAGAAAAUUUGUAAUUCUGGAACAGAUUCCGGCGUGCUUUUGUCAGGAUUAAUGGACCCAGAAAGAAAUGCAGCUGUUGAAUUCGACUGUCUAUAAUUUUGCUAUAACUUCGAUGUUUGUGUCCUUUAAAUCGGGCUUAACAAAGACAUUUCUUGAUUAAGCUUUUAAAAGAAUGUGUGUGUUUUUAUUCAAUAUGAUGUGUUUGAUAAUAAUUUGAUGCUGAAAGUUGUUUUUUGAUUACACAAUUCAAAAACAGUAUUGAUGAUCAUUUCAUGUGACUUAACAUUGCAAGUAUGAUUAAUUUAGUUUGAUAUUGAAAAUUAUUUUAGUGUACUUCAAAUCCCAUAUGAUGGUGUGUAUCAGUAUAUAUUAAUCAGAUGGAAUAAACAUGAAUAUAUUUAGCCAAUUUGACUUAU